AUGAAUUCCAUUGGCUUCACAAAGCCCUCUAUAGGGACUAUCAUCUUGCUCUUAUUACCCUUCAUGCUUCUUGCCCUUAUCUUCGUUGUCAUUUAUCCAAAUGAGUUCCAACUCCAAUCUUUAACCGGCAUUGCCCCUGUUAUCAUCACCCAUGCCUCCAAUUCUACCUCAUUUUUCUCACCGGAAAAACCCGCCUUUCGCCUUCUCAUUGGCAUUUUAACUCUUCCUGAUCACUAUGAAAGACGGCAUCUUCUCCGGCUUGUGUACUCAUUAGAGCCACCGGUGAAUGCCGUUAUUGAUGUUAAGUUCGUCUUUUGUAACCUUACUAAAGAUGAUCAAAGAGUUUUGGUUGCUUUAGAGAUCAUUCGUUUUGACGACAUUAUUAUUCUUGAUUGCCCGGAGAACAUGAACGAUGGCAAGACUUACACUUACUUCUCAAGCUUGCCAAUGCUUUUCAAUGGCAGCAAUGGUGAUGACAAGCCUUAUGAUUAUGUUAUGAAGGCAGAUGAUGAUAUUUACUUCAGACUUCCAAGACUUGUUGAGUCACUGAAAGAAGAUGCCAGGGAGGACAUGUACUAUGGUUUUGUGAUUCCCUGUGACAGCAUGGAUCCCUUCCAUGACUACAUGUCAGGGAUGGGCUACAUUCUCUCAUGGGACUUAGUUCAAUGGAUUUCUUCAUCAAAUAUACCUCGAAACAAUUCUGUCGGUCCCGAAGACAUGAUGACCGGCAAAUGGAUGACUCUCGGCCAAAAGGCGAAGAACCGAUUCAAUACAAAGCCGGCAAUGUAUGACUUCCCUAUUCCGGUUCCUAUUGAUACUUGCUCUCAUGAGUUUGUUCCUGAUACUAUAGCUGUUCAUCGUCUUAAGGAUAACCCUAAGUGGGCUAGGACUCUUAAGUACUUCAAUGUCACUGAUGCUUUGAAGCCUUCUAAGUUGUAUCAUAUCCCUUGA